AUGGUGAAAUCUUGUGGAGGUCUUCCAUUAGCAGUGGUCGUCCUAGGAGGAGUCCUUGCAACAAAAAAAAGCUAUAGGGAAUGGGCUGUAGUGGAUGAAGAGAUAGACGUCGAGAGAGUUAUCCAUUGGUGGACGGCCGAAGGGAUGGUUCUUGCGGAAGACAAGAUAGGGGAUGAGUCAAUAAUGGAUGUUGCUGAGCGUUAUUUUGAACAGUUGGGGAUGCGAUGUUUAGUUAUGUUGCGAACAUUUGAUGUGGAUGCCGUUUCGGUGAUAAGGUAUAGAUCAUGUCGCCUCCAUGAUCUUAUGAGGGACUUGUGCAGAGCAAAGGCCAGAGAAGAGAAUUUCUUGAGGGUGAUUGGCUUGGCACAUGCAAAUGAUAAUCAGUUGGCAGAUUCUUUUCCUUCAUCAGGUCGCAGUAUCCGUCGGGUCAUGAUUAAUUUGAGUGACAAGGAUGCGGCAAAAUAUGCUCCAAUUCAACUGGUGGAAGGCAAGCAUCUCCGAACUAUGGAAUUUUGGGCUGUUGGGACUGAACAUAGUUACUUCACACAACAAAUAGCACAGUCGCAAAUCGACAGGUUCGAGAUGCUAAAAUCUUUGACCAUCAGACAUGUUACUUCUCCAGGGGUUUACUAUGGAGGGUCACGUAUUUCUCGCAGAGCUUUCAAGUUACCAAUAGGUAAUCUCAUUCACUUGCGUUGCUUGAGAUCGAUCGAUUCAUUAUUGGUCAUGUCACCUUCUUCAAUAAGCAACCUGCAACACUUGGAGACUCUAGAUAUAAGAGAAUCUCAUAUAGUACUCACGAAGAAGGCCCCGAUAGUGGUGAGACGUCUGAGACAUCUUUAUUUCACCGAGAGAGAGGGAGGUGUGUUCUUCCCUUUGAGAUUGAAGGUCUCUAAAGAGCUGGAGAUAAUAAGCGGUUUACAACCUCCCCUGAUCCAAAUUGAACAGUUGUCGGAGUUGUCUGGGAUUCGAAAACUAGUAGUUACAAAAGAGUGUGAUUUGCCUUGCUUUGCAGAUGUAGCAGUGUGUGUCAAAGUCUGA